GCCACGCAAAACAAAAUAGUACAGAUCCCCGUGUUUAUUUUCCGCGAAAAUGAGUCUGGAAAUGAGUAAUAUCAACGGCGGGAACGGGACUCAAACGCCCCACGACAAGCGGGAGUUGCUCUGCCUGCUGAAACUCAUCAAGAAGUACCAGCUGAAGAGCACGGAGGAGCUGCUCUGCCAGGAGGCCAAUGUGAGCAGCGCGGAUUUGUCUGAGAUCAGCGAAAGUGAUGUGCAGAAGGUGCUCGGCGCGGCUCUGGGACUUGGAGAUGACAGCCGGGAGCAGAAGCAUACUCCGGUUCCGCAGCAGGAUCACAAGCCAUCGGCGGUGACGGAGGCCAAUACCGCGGAGGCGCUGGCCAAGUUCAUCGGCGACGAUAGCUUCGAUGCCCAGCACUACGAGCAGGCCUACAUGGAGCUGCGCACCUUUGUGGAGGACUCCCUGGACAUAUACAAGCACGAGUUGUCCAUGGUCCUGUACCCCAUCCUGGUGCAGAUCUACUUCAAGAUGCUCGCCAGCGGACUGAGGGAAAAGGGCAAAGACUUCAUUGAGAAGUACAAAUCCGAUCUCGAUGGCUACUACAUAGAGGGGCUAUUCAAUCUGCUGCUCCUGUCCAAGCCGGAGGAGCUGCUGGAGAACGACCUGGUGGCCGCCAUGGAGCAAGAUAAGUUUGUGAUCCGCAUGUCCAGGGACUCGCAUUCGCUGUUCAAGCGCCACAUCCAGGAUCGCCGGCAGGAGGUGGUCGCGGACAUUGUAUCCAAGUACUUGCACUUCGAUACCUACGAGGGCAUGGCGCGCAACAAGCUUCAGUGCGUUGCCACAGCGGGCUCUCACAUUGGCGAGGCCAAGAGGCAGGACAACAAGAUGCGGGUGUACUAUGGCCUGCUCAAGGAGGUGGACUUCCAGACCCUGACCACCCCAGCGCCGGCGCCGGAGGAGGAGGACGACGAUCCGGAUGCUCCGGAUCGCCCCAAGAAGAAAAAGCCCAAAAAGGAUCCGCUGCUGUCAAAAAAAUCGAAAUCGGAUCCGAAUGCCCCCUCCAUUGAUAGAAUUCCCCUGCCGGAACUGAAGGAUUCGGAUAAGUUACUAAAGCUCAAGGCCCUCAGGGAAGCGAGCAAGCGUCUGGCCCUCAGCAAGGAUCAACUGCCCUCCGCGGUCUUUUACACGGUGCUCAACUCUCAUCAGGGCGUCACUUGUGCCGAGAUCUCAGACGAUUCCACCAUGCUGGCCUGCGGAUUUGGAGACUCCAGUGUGAGGAUAUGGUCUUUGACGCCCGCCAAACUGCGUGCCCUUAAAGAUGCAGAUGCGUUGCGGGAGCUGGACAAGGAGUCGGCGGACAUCAAUGUGCGUAUGUUGGACGACCGAAGCGGAGAGGUGACCAGAAGUUUUCUGGGCCACACCGGACCCGUGUACCGCUGUGCCUUUGCCCCCGAGAUGAACCUGCUGCUCUCCUGCUCCGAGGACAGCACCAUAAGAUUGUGGUCCCUGCUCACCUGGUCCUGUGUGGUCACGUACCGUGGGCACGUUUAUCCGGUGUGGGAUGUGCGCUUUGCGCCGCACGGCUACUACUUUGUCUCUUGCUCUUAUGACAAAACUGCCCGCCUGUGGGCCACGGACUCCAACCAAGCGCUGCGAGUCUUUGUGGGCCAUCUCUCGGACGUGGAUUGCGUGCAAUUUCAUCCCAAUUCCAAUUACGUAGCCACCGGGUCGAGCGAUCGUACGGUGCGCCUGUGGGACAACAUGACCGGUCAGUCGGUGCGCCUAAUGACGGGACACAAGGGAUCGGUGACUUCGCUGGCCUUUUCCGCCUGCGGACGGUACUUGGCCUCGGGAUCGGUGGACCACAAUAUUAUUAUCUGGGAUUUGUCCAGCGGAGCACUGGUCACCACCCUGCUAAGGCACACCAGCACCGUGUCCACGAUCACCUUUAGUCGCGAUGGAACUGUCUUGGCGGCAGCUGGCUUGGAUAACAACCUGACUCUGUGGGACUUCCACAAGGUCACCGAGGACUAUAUCAGCAAUCACAUUACUGUGUCGCACCACCAGGACGAGAACGACGAGGAUGUCUACCUGAUGCGCACCUUCCCCAGCAAGAACUCGCCGUUCGUCACCCUGCACUUUACGCGUCGCAAUCUUCUCAUGUGCGUGGGUCUCUUUAAGAGUUAGGAUCACAGGUUAGCUUAGUCGGUAUACGUAAAGUAGGCUUUAGUAAUUCCCGAAAUGUUUAGGAUUAAAGUUUUGUAAUCCAUUGUGCCCUGGAAUGUCUUAGAUUUUUAAGCCCAAAAGUUUGUGUAUGCAUAACUUAUCAAUAAAUUUUAAUUGAGAGGAAAA